UCCAUGUCCUACAGAGACGCGCACUCCUUCGAGUCUCGGCGGACACAAGCGCUCGCUAUCCGUGCAAAGCACCCGGACCGCAUCCCCGUCAUCGUGGAGAAGCGGCCGCGCGACGCGACGCUGCCGCUGAUUGACAAGAAGAAGUUCCUUGUCCCUGCCGACCUCACCGUCGGCCAGUUUGUGUACGUGAUUCGCAAGAGGAUAGCGCUCAAGCCCGAGCAGGCCAUCUUCCUCUUUGUGUCCAAGGGCGCGUGGCACGCGCGCUGCAGCUGGCGCCGCCGAACGCUGCCGCCGACGGUCGCAACAUGUCAGGCCGUCUACGACAGCCACAAGGACGAGGACGGGUUUCUCUACAUGACAUACAGUGGGGAGAACACCUUCGGCACCGUGUGAGCACGAAAGGCGUGAAGUUGUCGACGCCGUGUGCGGCGCAGCCAAAAGCAAACCCCUCAUCAGAGUAGUCAGUUGAACCACUACCCUGCGAGGCUGUCUGGUCGUUUUUUCCGUCCGGAAUUGUAUAAACCUC